ACAAACAAGUUUAAAAAACUUGCUAGAGAAAUAAAAAAUAAAACUUUUUAUUACAAAAAUGGUGAACUUUGUAUAUCCGGAGGAAAUGUAUCUCUUUGUGGAGAGUAUUCGUCCAUUUGAGGUGCGCGAGGUGGGCAGCAGUAAAUGGCUAGAGGUGCACGAGAUGAUCAUCAAAUUGAGCCAGCAGGCGUCCUUGGAGCUGGCUCAGCAUCGUGAGGAGGAAGUAAAGGAGUUCCUCAUUUCGCGAGACAAGCUGCGCCUGUUGAUACACGAAGCCUAUUGCAUAACCCUCUGGAAGACCCGUGUUCUUCCGCAUCUCUUGGAGAUCGAUCCAAAUCCACAGGCCACAUUUCUCAUCUACACGGUGCUUUAUCAUGAGGCUGCUUUGGUAUCUCUCCUUGAUGUCUGCCUCUAUCAUCCCAGUGGUUGUGAGACGCUGCAGGAAUCGGUGAUGGAUUUGAUUGAUUAUUGCGCCCAAGCGAUUUCCCAGGUUAUUGGCUUGGUCAGCAUGGGUUAUCAUGAGAAUGAGUCUAAGCUGGAUGUGGAUGAAGCGGUGCUCACAGAACUAGAGCGCCAGAAACGUGACUUUAUCUAUAAGAUUGGGCUGCGCUGCAUCUCUAUAUUAAAUUAUCUGGCCGAUAAUGUGGGAUUAUUUCACCUCAGCGCCGCCCGACGUUUACUUGUUACUCAUGACAUCCCUUGGCUCAUGGUGGAUGUGCUCUGUUUCCGCCCAUGGCAAAGGAAGACUAGCAAGGGGAUGCAGAAGUUCAUCGAAGAGAAGUGGACCAAUGUGGAUGAUGUCGUCAAGAUUGUCAAACCAGAGGCUCAAGCCUGGUUUUGUGUGCGUCAGCUUCUUCUAAAUGCCCAAAUCAUGGAAAACUAUACGCUUAAUGAAGCCCGCUGCAAGCAGUUAAGCAAGCUUUUGGGCCUAAUGCAUGAGACUUUGCUUGACCAAUUGCCACCGCUAAUAGAACUUAAGAUGUUCCUUAGCCGCCUGACUCUCAGCGGUAAUACAGCCAAGUCCCAUUCUCUUUUGCUUGAGGACAUUCCCCAGAUCCAAGAGGAGCUACUGAAGGAUGUAGAAGAAAACGGGGGCUUUUAUCAGAUAGCCCAGGAGCAAGACUCAGUGUUCCUUAACAAAAACAAGGAUGAAAUUUCCGCUUUGGCCUCUCGCCUGAGCAAAGCUUACGGUACGGAUUUACUCUGCGAACUGGAGCAGAAUAUGGAGGACCUUAAAGUGGAAGAAGCAAAGGAUACCGGAGCAGGUGGCGAUGCAGAAGUUCAGCACAGCUGUGCCACUUGCCAGGCAAAGGCCAAAAAGAAGUGCGCCAGUUGCAAGCAAGUUCAUUAUUGCUCUCGUGAUUGCCAGCUCAAGGAUUGGCCGCAGCACAAGCAAACCUGUCUUAAGAACUAAUUUUUACCCAGUUUAAAUUAUAAAAAUCAAAUUAUUAGAAUAGAACAUUCCAAAAAUGUAAAAAGGUCAACUUUCUUUUAUUUUCAUCUGGAUUCAGGUGCAUUACGUUUAUUUUCAAUUAGCGAAUAGC